UAUUAAUCGAUUGGUCCCCAGCUCAAAAAAUGAAAUAAAGACCAAGACAGAUCGAUGCAUCAAAGCCAGUGCUUACUAUAAGUACUUUAGAAGCAUUUAACAAUGCUGAAGGGCAAGAAGUAGAAAUCAAAAACACAGAAUAAAUCAUUACACCUGAUUAGCUCAUGAAAGAAAAGUAAAUUGCACAUAUUUAUUUUAUUACCAAAAGAGGGGUACAAGAGAGUGGAAUUCACUUUUCUUUAAUGUGAAAUUUCUUUUCUUGCUCCUCCUUACCCGCCUUAUUUAUUUUAUAUUAUACUCAUUAUUAUUUAGACCUAAAUAAUAUGAAGAGCCCUCACUAAAAUCACAACUUCCAUCAAGAUGUCGUGAAGAUUAUAUUUAAUACAAGGCACCUGUAUAUCCAGAUGCUACUACUUAUGAAUUGACUGAGGAAGAUUUACAUUUCCUCUCAACCAUCAAUGAGAAACUCUAAAUACCUAUUACUAUUGAAGACUUUGAGUUAUAUCUUGCAUUACUUGAUACUAAGAGUGGAAAAGAUGUUGAAAUUGAUUUUUGUGAGUUUUUAAAACUUAAACCAAAUUUACCAAAAACCAUUAGCUAAUAAAUUGUUGCCCAGGAAUAACUAUACAACUAUUUUAAAAAGUAGAGACAACAUUUCUCUCGGUCACUUACAAGAUUCCUCAUGCAUCCAUAUUAUGAAGAUAGUAAUCCUCAUUUAGCAUUUCGGCCUAGAACUUAGCCUAUUGAUAGAACAAUGAAAUUAAGGAGAGUAAAUCCUUAAAAUACAAGAGGUGUUAAUGAAAUGGAAUGUUUAGGUUAAAAGAUAGUCUUGUUAAAAAAAGAUCUUUUGAUUGUUUCAAAUAUAAUUGAUUAGAGCAUUUAGAGAGAAAAGGCAAUGGAGAUUGAAAGAAGAUUUAAUUUUUGCAAAUUUAUAAAAGAGUUUUUCGAUUCAUCUAAAAAAGAAAAAGAUAAUAAUGCAGAAAUAAGAUUAUGGUCUAAAGAUUGUUUUGUUAGAGAAUGUUUAGAUAAAUGUUCAAUUAAUAUUAUAGAAAGAGCUGAUGAAAUGUUUGAUAGUAUUUCAAAAGAAAUACUUUAAUGGAGAGAAUUAAAUGAAUAGCAAAAGAGAGAAAAACAAAGAAAAGAAGAUUAAAUUCUUAAAUUUGAAAAAUAAAUUGAAGAUCUUAUUGCUGAUAAAUCUAAAUUUGAAGAAAAACCACCUAUUAUUCCUCCAAUAGAAUUUACCUAACCUAUUCAACCUCCUCCACCUCCAAUACCAUAGAUUACAUAAGAACCUCCUGAUGAAAAAAUGGAAAGUGUAGCUAAAUUCCUAGCUACUUUAUAUUUAGAAGCUAGAAAAUAUCAAUUAAAUUUUGAUUAAGUUUUAUCAGAUUCAUUUCCCAUCUAUAAAAUUUAGAAUGCUCAAUAAUAAGUGAAUUCAAAAAGUAUAUUUCCAUUUUCUUUGAUGUAAAUUGAAGGAAAUGAUAUUGUAUAUAAGGUUAGGAAGGAUAGUUGUUUAGAAAGAAAGAAUGGGGCUUAUUGGGAGAGUUAUCAAGAUUAACAAUUAACAAGUACAUUAUAUUAUUAGCAUUAAUAUUUCAAAGAAAAAGUCAAUGACAUCAUGGAGAUAGCUGAUAUGGAUCAAAUGGUUUAUGCUCAAGGAAUGGAUGAUGAUAAAUUAGAUGAGGAAGAAAAAUUAUUCAAAAAAAAAGUAAAGAGUAGUUCGACAAGAAUAACAAAUACAAAUGGUGGUCAAUUAAAAUGA